CCAUCAACACUUCCACACGUGCCCUCUUUAAUCUUUUCCUAUUCUACUAACAAUUCUUGUAGUCAGGGAAGUGAAGAACAACUAUUCAUUUCUAAGUUCUAGUGACCUAUCACCACAAUCACCAUGAUCCACGAGUCAAUUUUUAGAUUCACUGUGUGCCACCUACAUGACCGAACAUUUAUGGCCAUAUAAUCCCGGAGCUACCUUUGGCAUGGUAAAAGUAGUAAAACCGAGCCCCAUGCCAUCACUUCACCAUCUCCAUACUUGUCUGGUCAUGGUGUGAUCCAAAUGCUGGACUUUCUUCACACAUGUAACUAGCUUGAUCUUUGGUCAAAGAAAAUUUUGUUAGACUGCUCUAUCAGACUCCAAAGCAGAAAUAUCUCCUUCCACAAGUACUACAAAGAAAGAAAAAUCAUCUUUUCGACCACCAACUUGUGUAGUCAUGGAAAUGAAGAACAACCAUUCAUUUCUAAUACUCUUCCUGCUCUUUUUAUGCUUCGAGCUAAACAUUAAUCACUGCCUUGAAGGGGACACAAUUUCUGCUAAUGAAUCUCUUUCCUUGGGCCAAACAAUUGUAUCUUCAGGUGGAAAUUUUGAGCUUGGUUUCUUCAAACCAGGUAACUCUCUCAACUACUACAUCGGCAUAUGGUACAAGAAAAUUUAUCCACGGACAGUAGUUUGGGUAGCAAAUAGAGAGAAACCAGUUAAUUUAGAUGGCAAACUGAGUUCACCUGAGUUAAAAAUUAUUCAAGGCAACUUGGUACUCCUUGAUAAGAAUCAAGACUCAAUAUGGUCAUCAACAGAUGAUGGAAAAGACGCCACUCUCAAUAAUUCAGUCAUAGCAGUUCUUGGUGAUGAUGGUAAUUUGAUUUUGAUUGAAGUGAGUUCAUCGACACCCUUAACACUUUGGCAGAGUUUUGAUCACCCAACAGACACAUUUUUGCCUGGUGCUAAGCUUGGAUAUAACAAACUUACACAAAAGAAACAUGUUCUGUUUUCAUGGAAGAAUUCGAGUGAUCCAGCACCAGGAUUGUUUUCUUUGGAGCUAGACCCAAAGCGUGCCCAAUUCAUUGUAAAAUGGAAUCAGACUACACAGUAUUGGGCAAGUGGAACAUGGACUGGUGAUACAUUUAGCUUAGUGCCUGAAAUGAGAAUCUACUAUGUUAACAAUGCAAACGAGUCCUAUUUUACAUAUUCGAUUUUUACAAAUAGUACAACCACAUCAAGGUUGAUCAUCGACUUCUCAGGACAAAUGAAGCAACUAACAUUGUUGAGUAAUGCGGUUGGUUGGAAUGAAUUCUGGGCUCAGCCUAGACAGCAAUGUGAUGUUUAUGGUUAUUGUGGGGCAUUUGGAGUUUGCACCAGUAAUACUAAUUCGCCCUGCAAUUGUUUAAGUGGCUUUAAUCCAAGAUCGAUCGACGAAUGGAAUUCGAAUGAUUAUUCUGGUGGCUGCGUAAGAGACGGAAAGUUGCAAUGCAAUGCAAUUAUUGAAGAAAAAGAUAGUUUUUGGAUGAAUUCAACUAUGAGAUUACCUAAUCAACAAUAUACUAAUGUCACAGUUGAGGAAGCCUCACAAUGCAGAGAUAAUUGUUUCAAUAGUUGCUCUUGCACUGCUUAUACUUAUGAUGGCUUAGGUGCCUGUUCAAUUUGGACAGGGGAUCUCUUCAAUCUGCAACAACUUGGUGAAAAUGAAACAGAGAGGACUAUCUCUGUCAAACUUGGCUUGCCUCAAGCUCAAACUAAAUCAAAGAAAUCAAUGAAGCUAAAAGCUGGCCUUGCUGCCAUAAUACCUUUUAUGGUUCUACUCAUAUGCAGCAUUAGCUACAUUUACUAUAGAAGAAGAAGAUUGGCAAAUGGAACAGGGACACAAAUUUCUUACUGGCACAAAGCUGAAGGAGAAGCAAAAGUAUUGAUCAAUGAAAACGAUGAUAAUAAAGUCAUUGAUGUUCCAUACUUUGAUUUGGAGACUGUUUUGGCAGCUACUGACAAAUUCUCAGAUGCAAAUAAGCUAGGACAAGGAGGAUUUGGUCCAGUUUACAAGGGUCUCUUUCCAGGAGGAAUAGAAAUUGCAGUGAAAAGGUUAUUAAGUCAUUCAGGACAAGGGAUAGAUGAAUUUAAGAAUGAAGUGACUCUAAUUGCAAAGCUUCAACACCGAAAUCUGGUGAGGCUAUUGGGCUGUUGCAUCAAUGCGACGGAACAAAUAUUACUUUAUGAAUAUAUGCCAAAUAAAAGUUUGGACACAUUUAUAUUUGAUGGAUCACUCUGUCGAUUAUUGGAUUGGAAGAAACGUUAUGACAUCAUAUUGGGCGUUGCACGAGGUCUUGCUUAUCUUCACCAUGAUUCGCGACUACGGAUCAUUCAUAGAGAUUUAAAAACUAGUAACAUUUUACUAGACGAGGCGAUGAAUCCAAAAAUUUCGGAUUUUGGCUUAGCAAGGAUUGUUGAAGGAACAAGAACAGAAGCAAACACAAAGAAAGUGGUGGGGACCUAUGGCUAUAUGUCUCCUGAAUAUGCAUUAGAUGGAUUGUUUUCCAUCAAGUCAGACGUAUUCAGUUUCGGAGUAGUCGUUCUUGAGAUAAUCAGUGGAAGAAAGAAUACGGGAUUUUACAAAUCAGAAGAAGCCUUAAACUUGUUAGGUUAUGCAUGGAGAUUGUGGAUAGAAGAUAGGGCGAUACAAUUAACAGAGAAGUCAUUACUUGAAUCAUACAAUAGAAGUGAAGUGAUAAAGUGUAUCAAUGUGGCACUCUUGUGCGUACAAGAAGAUUCAAAUGACCGCCCUAACAUGUCAGAUAUCAUUGUAAUGUUGGUAGGAGAAAAUAUGUGUCUUCCUAGACCUAAUCGGCCAGCUUUUGUAAUGAGAACACACAUAUCUAGCACAUUGUCUUCUUCCUCCAAAGUCUCUAAUAAUCAAGUGACAAUCACAAUAGAAGGAGGACGAUAGUGAAAGGCGGAUCCAAGAUUUUUAUUUUAUAGAUUCUAGACUAUAAUAUAUUUUGCGUCUUUGCGUUAUGAAGAUCAUUUGUACAUAAUAAAUUAAUUUUAUCACAAAUACA